AUGGAAAAGGAGACUGGAACGGCCAGUCCCCAAAAUCCGCCAAUAGGAGCGUCAUUCUCGGAUGCCCCAAUCGGAUCCAGCGGAGAAGCAGAUAGUAAAUGGUUUGAGAAGGAAGAACAAGUUGCUACUAAUUUCGACCUUUCCCUUUUUUGGAAAAUAGAAAACUUCGCGAACCUUGAAGGCGCUGAUGCAGUGGAGUCGGAGGAUCGCUUCGAUUUCUUUGACGAAAAAAUAACGAGAUGGCCAGAUGGAAGAUACUGUACACCGAUCCCUUGGACAACUGACAAGUGGAGACUUCAGAAAAAUCUCCCGUUGGCCACCGGAAGAGUGGAGAGUACAAUAGCAAGAUUGAGAAAAAAUCCAGGAGAUUUGGUGAAUUACCACGCAGAAAUCCAAAAGCUCAUCGACAGCAAAUUCGUCGAGGAGGCGAACAUGGACUACGAAGAGCUUCACACCUAUCUCCCACAUCAUCCGAUCUUCAGAGGCGACAAAUCAACGACGAAAAUCAGACCCGUCUUCGAUGGAGCAGCAAAAACGAAAUUUGGACCAAGUCUGAACGACGUGUUGGAGACCGGACCAAAUCUCAAUCCCGAUCUCCUAUCAGUGCUAUUACGCUUCAGAAAGUACGAGAUUGCCUGGAUUGCCGACAUAGAAAAGGCUUUUCUAAACAUCGCCCUGCAGCCGGAAGACGCUGAAGCAAUCAGGUUUUUAUGGCCCAGGGAUCCAGCAGUGGCUGGAUCGCCUCUAAUUGCCUACAAGUGGAAGAGAGUGCCCUUUGGCCUUAGUUCUAGCCCCUUUCUCCUACGUGUUACAAUUAACAAACAUUUCAAAUCACUAAAGUCUCGUUUUCCAGAAACUAUUCAACAGCUGGAAGAAAGUUUGUACGUUGACGAUUACCUCGGCGGAGCAAACAAUUUAUCGAUCGCCAAGAAAAGAGUCGACGAAACGGACGAGAUCUUUAGUGACGCCCAACUCAACAUGAGAAGCUGGGCAACCAACAACGAAGACCUAAAACAACACCUGAAGGAGAAAGGACUAUCGAAUCAAGUCGUAGGCCUACUCUCCCCAGCCUUGGACGGCCAACAGAAGGUGUUAGGAAUCCGGUGGGACACCGGAUCCGAUUCGUUCAAAUUCGACCCAGCAUCCAUCAUCCAAGCAGUAGAAGAAGUGGGAUCGGAAAUCACCAAAAGAAAGAUACUCAGUAUCUCGGCAAGGAUUUUUGAUCCAAUUGGAUUUUUAUCUCCCACUGUACUUUUAUUGAAGAUUAUUUACCAGAAGCUCUGGGAAAAGGAGAUAGGUUGGGACCAAGCAGCUCCAGCCGAUAUCCAAAAAUCUUGGAAGAUAGUGAUGACUGGUCUCGCCGAUUUCACCGAACUACAAAUUCCACGAUGGAUCGGACUAUCCGAAAAGGUCACUUCUCACGAAAUUCACGUCUUCGGAGACGCUUCUGAAGCAGCGUAUGGAGCCGUAGCCUACGCCCGACUCCAAAAAGGACAAGAAGAUCCACUCAUCAUCCUACUGGCCAGCAAGACGAGAGUUGCACCUCUACCUAAGAAAAAAGUAACUUUACCGCGUUUAGAAUUGCUGAGCUCACUUUUAGCCGUACGUUUAGGUGAAGUCGUAAAAAAUGCAAUGCAAGUCCAGUAUUGGAGAACUAUCUACUGGUCAGACUCCUUGGUUGCACUAGGAUGGAUUAGAGGAGAGCCGAACAAAUGGAAGCCAUUCGUCCGAAACCAAGUGGAGACGAUUCGAAAAAUUUCACAGCCCGAGUGGUGGAGACACUGUCCAGGUCUCCAAAAUCCGGCCGAUCUUGCCUCGCGGGGAGCGCCAGCGCCAACGCUGGUAACCUCAACUCUUUGGUGGAACGGCCCGAUUUGGCUCAAAGGAGAAGAAACGGAAUGGCCAGAUUCUCCCAACGACCAAAUUCCACAAACAAUCCAGUCCGAAAUGGAAUCGGAAGCAAGGAGUACGACGGUCAGCACAACAGCAGCCAUCGCAAUUCCAACAGCCUCCGUCGACUGGAAUCUCGACAAAAUUUCCACCUGA